CUGGUUUCUGCUGCUUUACUUUUCCCCUUUUCUAGUUCUAGCUUCAUUGCCUGUGUCUGCUUUGCGUUUCUAGUGUCUGUCUCGCUUGUUCAGAAAUUAUGUGGCGCCACGCACCGACGCACGUACGCCCACCACAUGCGAUUUGGGCGUUCGAAUUACGCCAACGCAAAAAGGGCAAAUCUCGUUCUUUCGAUUAUACAAACGGAUUACCCCAUACUGCAGCAAAGCAACGCGCAACACCGCCUGCACUACAAAUACCCGCGCGAGCAAGGUGACCACCUGCCCCAGGCACGAGAGCACCACCAGGGUCCAGGGCUCCAGGCAUCCAUCAGCAGUUCAGCACCGACCGAAGCCGGCCGGCAGACAAUGGACGGCGCCCAGGGCAACGUCGACGCGGUCGAGAGCCACUGCGACGUCGUGGCGCGGGCCUUCGUGGAACACUACUACCGCACGUUCGACGCCGACCGCGCCGCGCUGGCCGCGCUCUACGGCCAGACCUCCAUGCUCUCCUUCGAGGGCCACGCCGUCGCAGGCGCCGAGGAGAUCUGCCGGAAGCUGGCGCAGCUGCCCUUCGAGCAAUGCCGGCACACCGUCUGCACCGUCGACUGCCAGCCCUCGCCGUCCUUCCCCGGCAGCAUCCUGGUGUUCGUCAGCGGGAACCUCCAGCUCGCCGGCGAGGAGCACCAGCUGAGGUUCAGCCAGAUGUUUCAGUUGGUACCCAACGAGCAGGGGAGCUUCUUCGUGCAGAAUGACAUAUUCCGGCUCAACUACGGCUGACGCAAUGGCCGGUAGCGUGUGGGUGCCGAAAGGAAGUCGGUGCUCGGCAGAUGCUUUGAUGCCACACAUGGAGGGGACGCCUGGCGCGUGAUCCUCUGUUUUCUCCUUUCGCUUUCGGUCUUCUUCUCUUCGUGUUGGAUGCAGCACAGCAUCCCAGUGCUUUCUUUCAGAAAAUGUAGCAUCUUAAAUAAAGUUUCCUUUCAGAAAAUGUUUCCAUUUGAGAAUGGCCUAUAUUUAUA